AUGAGCGUUCACUUGCCCCCCUCCGCUCUGGAGAAUCUGCCCAACAACGAGGACAGAGAGUCCGCAAGCAGCGGCUCUGAAGUCGAGGAUGAAGAGGACAACAAUUUCGACGACUGGGUUUCGGAAUCUGUAGAAGAGCAACCCUGCGUCUCACUAUUCGACGAGAAGACCUUAUCAUCGGUCAGUGAGGCAUUGAAGUACGACAAGGAAGUUCAUGGGUUCGACCUGGAUUUAGUGUGCUCGAAUCUCUCCCUGGAUUUCCAUCAGCGAAUCCGAUUGAUCAAUUACAUCCGAAAGCAGAAACCCUCAGCCGCCGAGGUGUCCAAUUUGAAAGGCGAUGAGGCAUUCUUUGCAUCCGAUGAAUAUCUCUUACCGGCGUUAGAAGACGAUCCGCUGUUGCAGGUUCAAAAUGAUGAUUGGUCUGACGAAGAAGGUCCGAGUGUCGCUCAGCCUGAAGAUCUCAAAACGGCUAUUCGGAGAAUCAAGGCCCUGGAAAAUGAAUUGUCUCGAGCUAAGCAAGACUUAUCCGACUACAGAGCGCUUGUCAGUCGCCAGGUGGACCUUGCGAGGCUUGUGGAUGAGCUGGGAGAUGCUGCGGGACCAAGUUCGCAACCGGUUCCCCGAGAUGAUGACUCGCACUACUUCGAGAGCUAUGGCGAAAAUGAUAUCCAUGCCGUCAUGAUUCAAGACAAAGUGCGCACUGCAACAUACGCUUCUUUCAUCAUGGGCAGCCCAGCGCUCUUCAAGGAUGCCGUUGUACUUGAUGUCGGCUGUGGCACAGGUAUACUCUCUCUAUUUGCUGCGCGUGCGGGUGCAAAGCGGGUCUUUGCCGUUGACGCCAGUAAAAUUGCAAACAAAGCAAGACAGAUCGUCAAGGAUAACGGGUAUGAGGACGUGAUCACCGUUAUCCAGGGCAAGAUAGAAGAUAUCUCCCUACCGGAGGGGAUUGAGAAAGUAGACGUGAUCGUCUCGGAAUGGAUGGGAUACGCUCUGCUGUACGAGUCGAUGUUGGACUCUGUAUUAACUGCGCGUGACCGAUUCCUUCGGCCUGAGGGAGUCCUGGCGCCUAGCCAGUGCCAGAUGAUGUUGUCCCUCUGCGAUGCCAAGGAAAUUUACAAAGAGAGGAUCAAGUUCUGGAGUGAUGUUUAUGGAUUUGACCUGUCAGCAAUGUCAGAAGAUGUCUACCACGAUGCCGUUAUGGAUGUAGUUGGGCCUGAAACUCUUGUUAGCGAACCCUAUUUAAUAAAAGAUCUUCACCUAGGGAGCGUAUCACCACGCCAACUUUCGUUUACCUCCUCAUUCACGCUGGUCUCUACGUCGGACCGACGCACAAAAGUGCACGCAUUCAUCCUGUACUUCGAUACUUUCUUCACCUUGACUGGGCAGCCUAUCCCGGAGGGUACUGAAGUACAUAUCGUAAACCAGGGCGAUGCUAUUCUAGCUGAGGUGUGGCCAGUAGGAGCGCUCCCUGGCAGGGCACCCAAGCCAGUACGGAGGGAGAGUCAGGGUGAGGGCCUAAAGAAGGAGAAAAUCACUAGCUUCAGCACUGGGCCCAGGAGCGAACCGACGCACUGGAAGCAGACGCUGUUCUUCUUGAGGGAGCCUAUAGUCGUAGAAGAGGGGACUGUUGUCUCCGGUACUUUCCAUUGUCGCAAGAGCGAAGGAAAUUCAAGAGAACUGGACGUUGAGAUUCAUUACACCGUGAAGAAUGAAGGGGACAAAGAACCGGGGGAUGUAGUGGUGCAGAUGUUCAAAGUGCGGUGA